UUUGUAUUUGGUCUCUUUUUAGUAACAAUGAAACGUUAAUUCACAUACUUAAGGGUAGUUUAGGAACAGGGAUCCUUGCUAUGCCGAAAGCCUUUAAAGAUUCUGGAAUGGUGAACGGCUUCGUCUUCACGUUGCUAAUAGGUUUCUUAUGCACAUACUGUCUUCAUAUGCUAGUUCAAGCUCAGUAUGUACUUUGCAAACGGUUAAAAAUUCCCAUGCUAACAUAUCCGGAAUCCAUGAAGGUGGCUUUAAACUCUGGACCGAUUUGGAUGAGACGGUUUGCAAAUAUGUCACCGUAAGUACAACACAUACUUACUCGGAAUACGUUUAAAUGCCUAUUGACAAAUAAAAUGACUCGAAGUGGUCUGUAUUCUGUCGACACUGCCAGACGCGGAUCGC